CGCAAAAUGGUAUUAAUACGAGUCGAUAUUACACAUAGAUCACACAUAGAUCAGGACUGUAUUGCCAGUUAGCAAAUGCAAUCUGCAGACAGCACCACAGAUAACAUCGACAGCACCAUCUCUGUCGACCAAUGACAAUAAACAUCACCACUUCAUCACAGCAGAAUGUAAUUAAAACCCUUGUGGCAAUCAUUGCGAAACCUCUUUCACGAGCAGUCAUAGAAUCAUCACCGUCAGACUUUCGGUUAAAGGUCUGAAUCUUGUUUGCGCUUCUGCUUUUCUCUCUGGGCCUUGUAAAUUUGAACUUCUUUCGAGCACACGGACCACGGUGUUGCAUAGAGAAGGCAUGGAACUCAUGGUGCAAAAGGUUUAUUCCCUUCAAACCGAAGAAGGAAGAAUGAAAGGUUUACGUUUCAAACCUCGGCCGUCCGAUAUCAUUAUCGUGACUCCGCUAAAAUGUGGCACAACAUGGGUACAGCAGAUCGCACAUCAGCUGAAAACCGGCGGGGAUAUGGAUUUCAAAGAGAUCACCGAAGUUGUUCCUUACAUUGAAUCCGCUCACGAUAUGCACUUGGACCUUGAAGCAGAACAACGUGCGAACCCAAGAUGCUACAAGAACCACACAUGGUACGAUCACUGCCCGAAAGGAGGGAAAUACAUAGUGAUCUACCGGGAACCGUGCGCUGUCGCCUACAGUUUAUUCAAGUUUAUGUAUGCUUGGUUUUUUCAACCGGAUGAAAUUACCCUUGAGCAAUUCAUCUUGAACUUUUUCUUGGUGCUUGGCAAACCACAGAGCGAGAUGGAGUACGCCUCUUAUUUCGAGCAUUUCAUAAGUUGGUGGAAGCACAGAAACGACCCAAACGUGCUGUUCUUAUUCUAUGAGGAAAUGAAAGAAGACCUGGAAACAGCUGUCAAGGCCAUUGCUUUGUUUAUGGGAAUACACGACCAGGAAAGAAUUCAAAAUGCGGUCAGGAUGAGCACGUUCGAGUUUAUGAAGGCAAAUGAAAACAAAUUUAACGAGAACCUCCUUGCUUUUUAUCGUAACAAAGCUUGUGGUAUCCCGGAAGGAAUCUGUAACACAAAAGUCGCUACAGGAUCAGUGGACGAAGCUCUAAAAGUUCUACCUCAAAACGUCCAGGAAGCCAUUCAAAAGAAAUGGCAAGAAAUUAUAACCAAAGAAACCGGGUAUGAAAGUUACGACAAGUUGAGAGUUACUUUCAGAAAAGAAAAACCAUUGAAGAUAUAGUCUAUUUAACGACGUUAGAGUAUUUUGUUUUUAUCAUUGUAAUCAUUUCACUGAGAAAUACGCAUGGUCGAUCUGCUCUCGUCAUGCAGUCCAAUUAGCCCUUUUACUCAUGCUCGUUUCAACGAUUUUUAUUAUGCACUCGUUGCGAAGGAUCCUUCACAAUUCGUGCAUAAAAAUCGUACGCACUCGCCAACCAUGAAGUAAUCUCUGUUUACGCACUUACGGUGAUUCCGCAGUUUUGCAUUGCGGAUAAAACUUGAGGAUAACUUUUACUUACAUGGCAUGUUAAUUUUGAACGAUUAAACCCAAAUACUUUGCAUUUAUAUAGGAAGUGGUCAGUCAUUCUUGACAUAAAUUACGGUUGAUAUAGUUAUACCAAA